UGCUAAUCGAGAGAAAAAUCGUCGCUGCGUCGUGAGCAUCUUCAUGGACGGUCCGUUUCUUUUCGAUUAACCUUCUCAAAAGCUCUCAGAUACAUCAAAACGAGAAAUGGCCACCUCGAAAACUACAAAUACGUAUAACAGGCAGAAUUGGGAGGACGCGGAGUUUCCCAUAUUAUGUCAAACAUGCCUUGGAGAUAAUCCGUAUAUUCGUAUGACGAAAGAAAGGUAUGGUAAAGAGUGCAAGAUUUGUAUGCGGCCUUUCACAGUGUUCAGAUGGUGUCCCGGUGCACGUAUGCGUUUCAAAAAAACCGAAGUAUGUCAAACUUGCAGCCGUUUAAAAAAUGUUUGUCAGACGUGUUUGUUGGAUUUGGAAUAUGGCCUUCCUAUUCAAGUACGCGAUGCCGCACUUAAAAUUAAAGAUGAUUUGCCAAGAUCUGAUGUAAACAAAGAAUAUUAUGUACAAAAUAUCGAUAAUGAAAUUGGGAAGCUAGAUGUAACGACCCCAGCUGGAGCAGUGGGAAAGUCAGCGGCAGCGAGUGAUUUACUGAUGAAGCUAGCAAGAACGAGUCCAUACUAUAAGCGUAACAGACCACAUAUCUGUUCGUUCUGGGUUAAAGGCGAAUGUAAAAGAGGGGAAGAAUGUCCGUAUCGUCACGAGAAACCAACAGAUCCAGACGAUCCGUUGGCUGAUCAAAAUAUUAAGGAUCGUUACUAUGGAGUAAAUGAUCCUGUAGCUGAUAAAUUAAUGCGCAGAGCAGCUGCAAUGCCAAAGCUGGAUCCUCCAGAAGACAAAUCCAUCACGACUUUAUACAUCGGAAACUUGGGAGAUGUAUUAACCGAAAAGCAAUUGCGGGACCACUUUUAUCAGUAUGGUGAAAUUCGUUCAGUGACAAUGGUACCAAGACAACAAUGUGCAUUUAUUCAGUACACACAAAGAAGUGCCGCCGAAGCUGCAGCUGAGAGGACAUUUAACAAGUUGAUCUUAGGUGGAAGAAGAUUGACCAUUAAAUGGGGCCGUUCCCAGGGUCGGCAAACAGUGUCCGCAGCAGAAGCAACGAGAGAAAUGCUAGAACCAGUUCCAGGAUUACCUGGAGCAUUGCCACCUCCUCCAGAGAGUAUGGGAAACAAUUUCUUUAAUUUGCAAGCUACUCCAGGUAUAAUGUCUACUAUGAUGAUACCUCCUCCACCGGUUCCACCACAAUUCAUGUUCCCGCCUCAAGUGGCAGCAGCGGCAGCAGCAGCAGCUGCAGCUGCAGCAACCCCAAUCUUUCCUCCAGGAACAACGCCCAUUCAUUAUCCAAGUCAAGAUCCGUCCCGAAUGGGAGCUACUCAAGGUAUAGGCAAGCCUUGGCCUGAAGAAGAUUAAUGUACAGUCUCCGAUACAUUACAUACAAUAGAAAUGUUUAAUUCUGUUUUUACUCAAAACGGAUUAAUUUAUAAUAUAAGAAAACAAAGUAUUGAACUUAAGGGCCUGCUUUUCAGGUGCUCUUAUGUUAAGUGCUGCUGUUGUGUAACAUUAAAUCUAAAAACACGGUACAUAUUUUUCAUUUAUAUUAAUGAGGCAGUACUUUUAAUAGAUGUUUCCUUUAUUAA